AUGCUUGGUAACAGAAGUAUACCACAGAACGAAAGUGAUUAUGUAGCCAACCAAGACAACGAUGAAGGCGAGUGUGAUGGGUUAAAUGGGUGUUUUGAAGAUAUCCCGGUUCCCGGUGAAGCAUACUACAUAUUUUAUGCACUUUCGGCCAUACUGAUCGGCGUUGGCAACCUACUGGUCAUCAUAGCUGUCUUUAGAAACAAGAAGUUACGCAGUUCAGCCACAAAUAUUUUGAUUGUGUCAUUAGCCUUUUCUGAUCUUUUUAUUGGACUGUUAUAUUGCCCGUAUGUAGUUGUAGAUUUAGUUGUCGGCGGAGUACAAAUGAAGGAAACGUACCUCUGCCGAGGUUUUGUAGUAAUCACCCGUACCUGCUUAACGGCGACAACAUUCGCAUUAGUUGCAAUAGCUAUUGAUCGGUAUCGUGCCAUUGUUCAGCCAAUGCAGAGGAGAAUCUCUGUGCAACAGGCGAAAGUAAUGUCAAUCAUUGUAUGGGUUAUGGCUUUUCUGUAUAACAGCGAAGUAUUUGUCACAUACAAGAUAGUUUUCGAGAGUUGGCAGGAAGACGGGCAGAACUUCUCAUAUUACGUAUGUGAUAUACAGUAUGAGUUAGUAUAUAUUGAGAGUAGAUACAUGAUAGCCAAUAUGAUUGUGAUUUACUUACUUCCAUUGUUACUUUUAAUUUUUCUUUAUGCGAAAAUGAUACAUGUGUUAUAUUCGGGUUCAUCGAUCAACGACGAGUCUAGGCGGCGUAAAAGGAAGGCUGUGAAAAUGCUGAUUCUCGUUGUAAUAUUGUAUGCUUUGUCUUGGGGGCCUUUUCGGGUUCAUGCAGUGCUUUACGCUUAUGAUGAAAGUUGGUUUACUGAUUCCAAUUUUAUCUACACUAUCAUAUCUUUCGCAUUCACGGCAAACAGCUUUGUUAAUCCUAUGAUUUACGCUUACUGUAACAAGAAUUUUCGCGAUGAAUUUGUCUUCAUCUUAAGUUGCGGCAUAAAGAGCCCGGCGAAAAAGGCGGCGAGUAAUACUAGCAAGGUGACAAAAAACACGUAUAUGAGCGAAUCGAUAUCAACUAAGCCUUUGGCAGACAGUGAAACAGGGAGUGGAGCCGACAGAAACGGCACGGUGUACGAAAACCAGGCUCUUGAAAUGGAUAGCAUCGACAAUGUCGUACGGAAUAUAGAGAAUGUCAGUAAUAAUGAGCAACGUACCAAUGGUGGAAAUAAUGAUGUAACGACACGGCUACCCUCGCUCCAAAUGUCUGAUGAUAAUGCGCAGCCUGUGUCUGUUUCGCAGGGAACGCAGACUAUCCUUGGGUAG